AUGCUCGCCACCGGGCGGCUACUCGGGCGGCGGCUCUUCUCUUCGAGCGCCGUCUGCGCCACGCAAAAGCGCACGGAAACGAUCCCCACGCCAGAGGAGGCCGGCUGGGCGUUCAACCACGUCGAGAAGAAGAAGGGGAUGUACAAGCCGAAGCACAGCACCCAGGAGCAGAUCGAGUACAUGAAGUCAAAAGCCUACUUCGACGCCUACAAGGGCCUGGCCGUCUACAGAUGGUACAAGCGCAACCUGAAGGGCCAAUCCAUCAUCCAGCCGCCACCUCGACUCUUCUGUAUCGACAAGCACGGCCGCUUCAACGUCAACCACGCGUGCCCAGUGUGCAGAGACGAGUAUCUCUUCUUCGACUUCCGGAACCCGGACCUGAUUCUGCAAUUUUUACAAGAUGGCACCGUGCAGCCGUUGGACAUCCUGAAGACCGGGCUCUGCCGCGAGCAGUACGCGCUGUUGAGGGCACAACUUUUGAAGGCGAAGGAGCACGGCACGAUCACGUUUGGUGUGGAGUUUAGAAAUUUCGACUAUCGACAAUACUACCCGUGGUGGAGCCAGGAGCCGCCAAGACAGGUGACGCGUGGCGGCCUGACCCUGCCCGACAUCCACCCGGACCCGCUCAUCGAGUUCGACGCGUUCAAGCCCGAGCAAAAUACGUGGUGGGACCAGUACUGGCUGCGGCACGACAAAUUCGCGAAGAAGGCCAAG